AUGCUCAAUCCCAUCUCGUUCCGGCCCGGCCCGGUUACCUUCUGGACCACGCUCAUCUACCUGGCCCUCCUGAUCCCCAUUGUUCUCAUCAAUGAGGACCCCCCGCAGGCGCCAAGCGAAUCCCCGUUCCAAGGCGUCAAUCUCACCGAGGCUUGGCUCGAUCUCACAAUCAUAACCCGCGGAUACCAUCCAUACAACAGUCACUUCAAUGACGAGGUCCGCAACUUCAUCCUCCAGCGGGUCGAGUCUAUCUUGGACGGAAAUGGCGUGUCUUGGGCAAUUAAUGGUGCCGAAUCGGACGAUGCAAAGGCCGCAGUCACUGUGUUCAAUGACAUGACCUCGAACAGCUCUUUUCUUAUGGGCUCGGGCGCCAUCCCUGGUCGUGACACUCCGGGCGUGACGGCGGCCUAUUUCGAAGGCCAGAACAUCCUUGUCUACAUCAGGGGCAAACAGGAUGAUGAGGGGAACUGGUGGAAUGCCAAUAGCAUUCAACCAGCCCGGCGCAAUAAGAAAGGCCUCACGCUGGUCAAUGCUCAUUACGAUUCUGUCUCGACUGGCUUCGGCGCCACGGACGAUGGAAUGGGUGUGGUCACUUGCCUGCAACUUGUCAAGUACUUCACGCAACCUGGACAACAGCCCGACAGGGGUGUAGUGGUCUUGUUCAACAAUGGCGAAGAGGAUUACCUAUAUGGUGCCCGGGCCCUUGGACAGAGCCCAUUGCUGCCAUUCAUCCACACAUUUCUGAACCUCGAGGGUGCCGGCGCGGGAGGCCGAGCAAUUCUAUUCCGAUCGACUGACCAAGAAGUGACCAACGCUUACUCCAAGUCGUCGGACCCCUUUGGCACAGUAAUCGGGUCUGAUGCAUUUGGGCUCGGCUUCAUUAAGAGCGGCACGGACUACUCGGUUCUGCAUGACAUAUACGGCCAGCGGGGACUUGACUUGGCAUUCUUCAAGCCCCGGGCAAGAUAUCACACCAACCAAGAUGAUGCUAAGCACACGUCCAGAAACAGCCUUUGGCAUAUGCUGUCGGCUUCCGUCCAGACGUCGACCGCCCUUUCCAGCGACACGGGAGACACUUUUGUCGGUCCCAGACCCGACGGAGCCCGUGGCAAAGUUCCCAACGGCAACCCAAGUGAUGGAGUAUGGUUUGAUAUCUUUGGCAAGGGCUUCGUGCUCUUCAGCUUGCGAGGGAUGUUCGCGUGGUCGCUUACGGUAUUGGUCGCUACUCCGCUGAUACUGAUUCUACUCACCUACAUCCUUCACAAGCUGGACAAGUACUACUUCUUCACGGCGAGUGUCAGGACAUACGAUCAACCUGACUACGAACCUGUGACAGUUGGUGGUUGGAGAGGCUUCUUCCGCUUCCCCUUUGCCCUGGUAGUGUCGGGUGCUUUGUCGCUUGGCGUGGCACUUUUGAUGAGGAAGGUAAACCCUCUGAUCAUCUACCGAGCCCGGUAUUCAGUUUGGGCCAUGAUUGUUUCGCUCUUUUAUUUCACUUUCUGGGCCAUUAUGCGAGGUGCAAAUUUUGCAAGGCCCAGUGCGCUCCACCGUGGCUAUGUCAACAUCUGGCUGUUCGUAAUCGGUUGGGCAGUUUUAGUUGCCGUCACUGUAUCCGAGGACCGACAGAGGAUUGGAGCAGGAUAUAUAUUUGUCUUCCUCCAGUCAGCUGUGUUCCUGACGACUUUCAUCACCCUCUGCGAGCUUUUUGCGCUGCCGAAAAAGACUGCCUGGGGCCGGCAAGUUCGGGACGAUCAUGAAACGAGAGACCUCCUCCAAGCCGUACCUCACUCUGAGUGCAUAUUACCAUCACAACUCCCGGCCAUACCGCGUCAUGAAUCGCUGCGCCCUCCAACAGCCAGAGAGUCUACCGCUUCAGCUUCCUCGGCUCCCACGUCAAUUCCUGCUGAGCAAGAAGAGGAGGACGACGAAGCCUCGGACCGAGAGGGGCCGACAGAGAGGACGCCUCUUGUAGGUGGUAAUGCCACAAGCGAGCAUGUUCGAACGACUUUCGCGACGACCUAUCGUCGAUCCAUAUCGGCCUUGGUGAAUGGAGCUCGUAAACUCGAAGAUAGCGGCCACAGGCCCUUCGAACAUGAGCAAGCCUGGUCAGGGAGUCUGCCUUCAUGGGCUUGGUUCUUGCAGUUUCUACUGCUCGGCCCCUUCACAAUCAUCCUGGUUGGGCAAACUGGAUUGUUGCUCACGGAUGCCGUUCACCAGACUGGGCCAGAUGGCAGUAGUCUUUUACUUCCCUACUUGAUCGUUUUCGCCUUCACAGUCUUGCUUCUUCUUCCUCUGACCCCAUUCAUUCAUCGCAUAACGCAUCAUGUGCCUGUUUUCUUGCUCGUUGUAUUUGUUGCAACUCUGAUAUACAACCUCGCCGCCUUUCCCUUUUCUGCCAACAACCGGUACAAGACAUACUUCAUACAGCGUAUCAAUCUGGAUACUGGCAACAACGAGGUGUGCUACACUGGCAUUGAGGAGUAUGUCCGUCCCAUAAUUGCCGAGAUGCCAUCCGCGUCAGGCAAAGACAUCAGCUGCGGCCCAUCCGUACGGUUAAGACUGCCAAGUUGCUGCUAUGACGGAUCGGACGUGGCACCAAAUCUAAGCGGCGAGUUGCCAGUCGGUAUUCCUCCGGAAACGGGCUACUCGGACCUAGUAUCGAUCAACGUUACGCGCAAUUCCGGAAACAGCGCUCGCAUCGAAAUCAACGCCACAAAUACCAAGGCGUGCUUCGUCGAGUUCAAGAAGCCGGUGUCCAGCUUUACUGUCGAAGGCGGCUCUGGGUGGGAUGAUCGCUUCGGCGUGUAUCCAGAGGGUGGCGUGAGCUAUAUCAGGCUUUGGCACAGAUACUGGGCGGAUCCAUGGAUCGUCGAUUUUGAGUGGAAGGACGGUGACAGCCGCGCCUCGGAUUCGCUUGACUCCGGUAGCCAGGGUACGGGAGCCGACUCAAACUUGGUCGCCAACGAAGACUUGAAGCAGAGAGAUUCUGGUCUUGACGGAACUGUCAUCUGUAUUUGGAGCGAUGCAAAUACACGUGGCACAAUCCCUGCGCUGGACGAGGGCCUGAAGUUUUCCCCGACGUGGUCAGCCGUCACGAAGCUAUCCGAAGGCCUGGUUGAGGGCCGCAAGAGCUUCUUGGUGUGA